AUGAUCCUCUCGGUCAACAUAACGCUCAUUCCUCUGGCUUUUGACUUUGACAGUCCAGGGGACUAUUUCAUUUUUAUAUUUCACAUCUUGGCCGGGGCUAGCACCGUGAUAGUGGCCGGUUCCGUGGCAUGUGGUAUUAUUGGGACCCGUGCACUUUUAAGACAAAAUCGGUUUAUAUUUAUGCUGAACACAAGUAUUUGUGAUACAAUGACCGGCUGUGGUAUUUUCUACCAAUUUCUCUUUGAUGUGCAUGUGGGCUUUCCUUCUAAAAAUGGGACUUAUUACAUUUUGCCAUCGCUUCUUGGAGUUAAUAUCAUGACGUUUCUAUUUGCCCAGUUUGACCGAUAUUUUGCCGUGUGUCAUCCAUUCUUUUAUGGUCGCGUCAUCACCACAAGAGUGAUUAUAUGUAUCAACGUGUAUAGCUGGGUGCAUGUUUACGGUCAGCUGCUUAUAAAGCACAUGGUGCCUCUUUCUAAAGCCAUAGAGAUCGCAAUAUACAGCAGAAUCAGUCUGCUGCUGAUUAUUAUCACGAAAAUAGGCAUGACCAUCAAGUUGCUCUUCGUGGCGAGACACCAGCUGCUGCGAGAGCCGCCGGGCCCGGAGAGAGACAGUAAGAAAGAGUCCUUGUUCAUCAUAGUCAUGGUGGUUUUUUUCUUUGUAGUGUUGUGGAGCCCAGCCGUGCUCUAUUUGAUUGUGGCUUGGCUGACGGGGAAAUUUAUUGUCAUUAAAAAUGACGCUGUAAACCCAAUGACCAUCUUAUCCAGGAGCAACGCUCUGUGUACUCCGUCCCUCUAUCUGUGUGCGAGCCAUUCACUCAGGAUGGCCGUAUGGAAAACUGUGUGGAGCAAAAUCUGCUGCUGCAAACAACCCAAAAGGUUAGUUGGACCAAUAACAAACUAA